AUGAAAACAAUAUUCGUAAAUACAAUCCUGGUUGUAAUCUAUUUAGGGCAAGUAUCAGGUCUGUCUUUCGAUGAUCCAAACUGUAUGAAAUAUUUGAACAAAUUUGGAACUGUUUCUAAUGCUGAAAGAACAGCUACUUCAAAAUUAGCUUUCACAGGAUAUGUUUCCUUUGUCUAAGGAAAUACUAUUGCAUAGGUUAAUUUGAGAUAUAAUGAUGAUGAUCUCUUUACUGAUGUAACAUAUUUUGGUCUUGUUAAGGAGGAUGGUAAAUCAGCUGACGAGGUUUGUCUCGAUCUUAAAUUAUGGUAAUAUACAUCCAAUAAAUACUCUGAUCCAGUUUAAGUCACUGAUUUAACAAUAACAUCAUCAACCAACUUCUCAAAAUUUUGGAGAUAUUAUGUAUUCACAAUUCCAAGAACUGAAUUGAAAACUAGAUUGGUUGAAACAUCUAAUACUGAAUAAUUCAUUUACACAGGAUAUUUUGCACUUGCUUAUUAUGCAACUGGUACAGAUUCACUCCAAUAUACAUUCUUUUUUGAAUUUUCAAUUAUUAUUAAUAAGGCAACAGAUCCUUUAUAUGACCCUUUUUUCAAACCUUUGAGUUAGAGAUCAACAUUCAAUUGUACAAUUACUAGCGCUUGCAAUGCAAUCUAUGAUACAAAAGUAAACUGGUGCACUGAUUUGAAAUGCUCUACAUUUGCCAUUCCAGAUCUUCAUUUAAAUGAUGAAUUUGUUCUUUAAUAAUUUGUUACAACAGCUGGAAUGGAGGGCUUUUAUUUGACAGAAACUGAAGUUUGGUACACAGGAAAUGGAUUAUUAAAGAAAGCAUCACCAAUUUCUAUAAAUAAUACAAUACUAGGAUAAGUAAUUAUUUAAUUGAAAGCUGAAAUUGCAUGGACUGAAGUCACAAUUAAAGUUACUUCCACUUUAUCAGCCUUCUAAACAGGAAGAAGAAGAAUAUUGUUUUAAACUUAGUUUGAUCCAGUCUUUGGAGAAACUUAAUAAAUUUAGUGUAUUAAAGCAGAAGGAUCAGAUUCAUGUCCAACAUGCAUAUAAGAAUGGGAAGCUAAUGGAUUUGCUCAUGAUGGUUGUCCAAGCUGUUGUUUUUCCCAUAAGAUUGCAUUUGUUUUCUUUGCAAUAUUAUUAUUAAUUUUCACAAUUUGA